AUGGCGGUCUCUAGGGUGUUACACAGACGACGCUGCCGCCCGAAUGAUCUGAUCCAAGUAGCCGGCAGUCUCGGUGUCAUCGCCUGCCCGGGCGGUCGGAUUGGUCGAGUUCUGGUUGGACGAACGGUCACAGACGUGGCAGCACCCGAUGGCCUCAUGCCGCACGCCUUUGGAGCCGGCUCAGACCACAACACUCUGUUCCAGCUCUUCGUCGACAAAGGCUUCACAGCUCGUGAUCUCGCCGCGCUGAUCGGAGCGCACAGCACCUCAAUCACAAACUUCCAGACACAAAACGGCAUCCCAGCUGGCACGCCGCAAGACAGUACACCGGGACAGUGGGAUGUGGCUUACUACAAUGAGACGUACUUCCCACCGCCUGGCAUAGCACGCUUUGACAGCGAUAUCAAUUUGAGUUUGAAUGAGACCACGAGGGGCGUUGGAAGGCAGUUUCGGAGCUUUGUGGGAAAUCAGGGUGCCUGGGGUGCAAGUUUUGCGAGUGCGUGGCAGACGCUGACUCUACUGGGUGUGCCAAGUAGUGCAAAUACUCACAGCACCCCAAAAAUGCCGAUUCCCGGGCUUGGAGACAGGAAAGCGAUGGAGGGAGAGCGCGUUGCUCGCCUCGCCGCUGCCCGGAAACGUGAGAGGUCAAUAUCACCACCAGCGCGAAGCCCGCGAAAGACGCCUAAGCUUGAGGAGAGCACAGUCGACAUGGCGAGCGGAGCCAAGUUGAAGAUGUUCUCGGAGGCUGUCCAGAGAGAUCAGCAAAGCUGCAAAGGAGACACAGCCAAUGCAGCGAAUGAGCGCAUGAAAGCACCCUCGUCUUCAUCCAUCGCCAAAGCAGACAAGCCAACCGAAUCGCUGCCCGCGGGUGCUGUAAAGUACCCUCGUGGCGUGAUCAAGAAGACGUGGGCCUUCGGUCACGAGCGAGAUGGCAACGACAUCAAGCUUGAAGAGGUACUGGAGCCAUCAUCGGUGCGAACAGCAGUGCUAUCAGCAUUUCAGUGGGACACGAAAUGGGUCCUGUCCAAGCUGAAAACGCCUCUCAACGGCGGCAGCACAAAAUGUGUCUUCGUAAUGCAAGCCAAGACUCCAGACGAGCGUACGCGAUACAGAGAGUGGGCAAGCGGCUCAGAAGCGUUUCUACGGAUUUGUCUACCACCUAUGGAUGGAGUCAUCUUCUGCAUGCAUUCCAAGCUAAUGCUUCUAUUUCACGAACGCAAGCUGAGGGUAGCAAUACCUUCAGCCAACCUCCUGAACUUCGACUGGGGCGAAACAGGCCAGAUGGAGAAUAGCGUGUUCAUCAUUGACUUGCCACGACUGCCAAAAGACGCGAGCCAGAAGAUAGAAGAUCUUACAUUUUUCGGACAGGAGCUGAUGUUCUUUGUCGAAAUGCAAGGCCUCGACAGGGACGUGCGCGAAGGUGUGCUUGGCUUCGACUUUAGCGCUACCGAGGAGAUGGCCUUCAUACAUACCGUGGGUGGAAUGAACUACGAACGCAAUGGAGCAGAUAGGACGGGUCUCCUCGGCCUCAGUCGAGCUGUCAGACAUCUUAAUCUGGCCACCGAUCCAAACGAGCUCGAGAUCGACUUCGCCGCGUCGUCGAUCGGCCAGUUGAAUGACUCUCAAUUACAAGACCUACACUCUGCGGCAGCAGGGCAGGACCUCAUUGCUCAAGCUGCUGAGGCCAAGUGGAAGGCAGCUUCAAACUUCUUCGCAAAGAAAUCAUCAUUCAACUCAAGCGCCAGCAGCUCAUCCAAGAGAGACAUCAAGGACAAGCUGCGCGUGUACUUCCCGACGAGAGAGACAGUCCAGGCAUCUACUGCUGGUGCAGCAGGCACCAUCUGCUUACAGCGAAAGUACUUCGAAGGCAAGACGUUUCCGCGCGCGAUCUUCAGGGACUACAAAUCGACGCGCAAGGGCCUUCUGAGCCACAACAAGAUCAUGUGCGCGCGUAGCAAGACUCUGGCUUGGGUCUAUCACGGCUCGGCGAAUAUGUCAAAGUCGGCAUGGGGCGAGAUUCCAAAGGACCGUAAGGAGAAGCGCAUCACCUGUCGUAAUUGGGAAUGCGGAGUCCUCUUGCCUGUUCCCAAGGAGCUCCUGCCAGAGAAGGCGAAGGCGAGACAACGUCAUACGGAUGGUGGGGAGGAUAGUGAGACGGAUAGUGAUGGCGAGGAGCUGCAAGUGAGUGGCAAGGAGGUGGAUGCUGCUCAGCUGGUGGGCAUGAGCGUGUUCAGCAGCGUGAUCGCUCUGCCCUUCGAAGUACCCGGAGAUGCCUAUAGUGGUAGGGAACCAUGGUACUUCACCGAGAAGCACUGA